CCAGCUAGGAGACACCUGUGGAGCCCGAUGUGCUUGGAGGCUAAAGACUGCAGAGAAAGUAGAACUCAGGAUCAGACUGCAGCAUCUUUCCCUGGCUUGUCUCUAACAGUCCUCUAAGCACCUAGAAAACCAGGCAGCCUCAGUUUGAUCCACUUAUUCCCAAAACAGCCUGUAGGUCCAUGGCUGGCAGGGCCCUGGCCCCGGGACGUCAGGAGGAAGAGACCAUCAAAGAGCCGGGAACCAAACUACCACCUGUACGACCUGGAAGCCACCUGCCCAGCAUCGAUGAGGCCCGGCCAGCAGGCACAGGCCUGGGCCCAGCCUCCCGCCGAGGAUCCGUGCUGGGCCUCCCGGGGUCCUUCUCACGCCGCAACUCUCUAGCUGGGCCCAUCCUGGGGGCUGGUGGUCGGCGGCUAUCUGUGGGACCAGGGUCCCCUCUAGCUUUUCGGAUCAGCUUUUCAGGGUUGCCCCUGGCACCUACACCACAGGUGGCACCCUCAUACAGGAUGGAGCCUGCACCUGGGCAGCGCUGGGAAGCUGCACGUGCUCAUCGGGCUCUGGAGGCAGCCUUGGAGGCAGGUCUGCACAAUGCAUGCUACUCAGGUACCGAGGCUGGCAAGCUGGCACGAGAGCUGUGCGAACAGGUGCGCCUGCACCUGCGUAAGUGCAGCCCACCACGCUACAAGCUGGUGUGCAGUGUGGUGCUGGGGCCACGUGCCGGCCAGGAUGUGCAAGUGGUCAGCCGCGCGCUCUGGGAUGAGGCCUGUGACGGACUGGCCUCUGCGUCCUUCACCAACACCUCCCUCUUUGUGGUGGCCAUUGUCCAUGGGCUCUACUAUGAAUAAGGAGGUCUCCAAGUUCUGCAAA